CAGCCCCAAAAGCUGCAUGGGAGAGGCCCUCGGGCCCCGCAGAAACCGUGCACCCUUCACUACGUCACGGGCCUUCUUUCUGCCGCAACUCGCCCGUUUCCGUCAGUCGGCCACCCUCGACCGACCCGCACUGAAAUCGAACCGCAUCACCUCCUUGCUUGUGUUCCUGUCCGCCCGAGUCCUCCUCCGCGCUAGAUGGAUGGAGUCUGCUGCAUCUGUUCCUAACUCUCCCAGCCACCCGCCGCAAAACGGCGACAUUUCACCCGCCCAGCCUUCUGCUACCCCAGACUCCACCGCGCCUGAUCAGCAGAUAGUCCCUCCCUAUUGGGGCCGCCAGCGGGGUGCUUCGACCUGGAGCUACGCUUCGGUUGAAGAGCACCGCGCCGACCCCAUUAGCCUGCAGGACAACACCGUUGAGGGCUCUGAACAUGACAGCGCUGUAUGGGCUAAAAAUGUCACCAUUGACUCGUACGUUAUCGUCAGCGGGAACGUUCCAGGCAUGGGCGACUAUGUUGUCUGGAACUGUACCGUGGAAACUUUGGACGGAGGUCCCAUGAAAAUCAGAAAGCGGUAUUCCGAGUUUGACGAGUUACGGAGGAAACUGGAACAGACGUUCCCACUCGCUGGAGCGUCACUGCCAGAACUCCCUCCUAAGAGCAUGAUAUCCCGAUUCAGGCAACGAUUCCUUGAAAAGCGGAAAGCCGGUCUUUCCUAUUUUCUCAAUUGCGUUCUCCUUAACCCAGAAUUUUCGGCAUCCCCUGUCCUCAAAGAGUUUCUGUUUACCUAAAUACAAGCCGUCUGACUGCUUCCUAAGCCGCUGCGCACAAUUAAUGUCUUGUACUUUAACAGCUGAAUGAGCCACUACACUUUGCUUUUCAAGCGUAUGUCAAAUCAUGUGGCGGCGCCAAACAUCCUAUUCCUUACUUAGACUAUAUGUCUAACUCUAAUUUGGUAACCAUGUCCCGUUUUGAGGGUUUACAAAGUCACUGAGUAGGCAGGACUCUUGAAGUGAUAGCAUCACAAGCACG